GCCGCCCAUGUACCAGCAGGUUCCUCAACAAAUUCCUCAGCCGAUCCCUGUCCAAACUGCUACAUCUCAAUUCUCGCCAACCGGUCAGGAGACUGCCAUGCUCUUCACCCCUAACUCACUGAGAGAUGUCGAUGAGGGGUUCGAUGACUCUUUUGGCGCAGACGGAAUGGAUUUUCCACUCUUCCCCGGCGGUAAUGGUAUGGCCAAGACCAACAAUUAUCAGCCGCUCUUUGGCGAGAUUCCCAGUGCAAACGUGGGUUUCUCUCAAAACUCCCAGGACCCUUUCCAAAUGAUGGACUGGUCCAGUGUGGAUUUCUCGCAAACCUUUGACUAGGUAAUCGAUGGCUUACCGAGAGAUCCCAUAUAUAGCAAGGAGUAAAAGGGGACUUACUCAAAUUGUAUAAUGUUCCCUGAAAAUUACCAAACAGAUUUUGGUUUGACGAGAUACGAAACUUUUAUUCACAGGCCACCCAGUGCGGGAUAGGGUCUUUUUCAUGUAUUGCAAACGUUUAACUACUCAUUGGAGAUUGCUUUGCUCUCUUUGAGAUUUACGAGGAGGAAUAGGCCUUUUAAGGCAGUUGGUUCGUGUAUGCUUUUUUUCUUAUUCACUAGGAGGAGUGUCCAUGUCCCCAGGUUGGGUACAGGGAAGCGCAACAUUCUUCAUUCUCCCAUCACCACUUCAGAGCGUAGUUCGAUUCGGCAAGAAAUAGCUUUUGUUUAGCUGGUUAGAGU